CUGGUAGUCACCUCAUAGAAAAAGUACAGCGAUUACAUUCCCUGCUGUCUGGAAGAUCGGUGCCGGUGCAGGCAACUGGGAGACAAGUAAAUGCGCCCAGCACUCAUGUGGAAAAGCAUUUUGUAAGGAACUGCUAGCCAAAAAAAUUGUUAGACAAGGCGGUGAACAGGUGUCUUCCAGUCACGACUCAGCUUUUCCUAUAGCGGCCGUAGCAGUUGGUGUCUGGGCAGAAUUCCCCGAUUUUGGGGACCUCUUGUUGGCGCACUUCCAUUUAGCGUGUCCAUAUUUGGUGCCGUAUUAUAUACCGAAAAAAGAUGGUCAGUCAGAAGAAGAUUAUUACAAAGACCUAGGCUACAGUGUGGCAGAUGGGAAUAUUGAGAAACAAGCACAUUUUCUGAAAAGAAUGACCGGGAUAUGUCGGCUAUACGCUGCUAUAUUACAACAACCAUCGCCAAAAGAACCCAGGCAUCCUCAUCCGCAUGGUCUUGAUAAUGGUUGGAAGUGGUUUUCACGAAUAAUGAAUCUGGAGCCACGUAAUGAUAUCACGGCUACACUGAUAUACGACAUGCUACAGGUGUGUGGGCACAAAGUGACAAGUUUGUAUCGAAAACAGUUCAUUAAAAUACUGGGAAUCUUAAUAAAAGAUUUCUACCCUUUAAUAGAAAAAGUAACAAUACCUGGGUCUGGUGGAUCAGUAUCCAGACUUAAAACGUUCUUAGAGACUUGCUUCAAAAAUAAUGCAGUACCUCCACCGAAAGGCACUCUACCAUCCAAUCUCUGGAGAUCAUGACACCAGACUGUGCAUAACUAAUGAAGCUAUUUACAUGCUUGUUAUCUUUUAUCAAACCUGCCAGCCAAUCUGUCUGCGAUGAAUUGGUUUCGCCUCUUGCAUAAAAAUAUAUUGUCCUCGGACUUCCUAAUUAUAACAUUUAGGGGUGUUUUUGUUGCACCCCAUCUACCAUGUACUCUUGAUGAUAUAUUGUCAGUGUACUGCUGUGAAUACUUAACAAUUUAUUUUUAAUAAAUGACUUUGCAUAAAA